AUGGCGGGAGAGAGCUACCCGCUGUUAACGGCGGUGCAAGGGCCGCGGCCAGGGACCAAAUCGCGGCCUGCUGCGGGCCCCACCUACACAUCCAGCGUGGGGGGUGGUGCCAAACCAUCCAUGCCUCACGGCAGCACACUCUACGAGCUGUUCAGCUCGGCAGCCCAGCGCAGCCCCGACGUGCCUUGCCUCGGGCGCCGCCCCAUCAUCAAGGGCGUCGCGCAGCCCUAUGAGUACCAGACAUUCGCGGAGGUUACGGCGCGCGUAGCCAAGAUCGCGACGGGCCUCAAGGCGCUCGGCCUCAGGGCGCGCGACAAGGUGGCUGUGCUGUCGGUUAACUGCCCUGACUGGAUGAUCGCCAUGCAGGCAUGCAACCGCAGCAACCUGGUGUGUGUCCCGCUGUAUGAGACCCUGGGCGAGGAUUCAAUAGAGUACAUCCUGGGCCACUCAGAGGCACGUGUCGUGUUCGCCAACGGCAAGCGCCUUGGGCGCGUCGCAAAGGCGCUUGCUGCGGCGGGUGGGGCGAGCGUCGCUGCGGUGGUGCACUUUGGCGGCGGCGAGAGCCAGGCGGACAUCGAGGCCGCGGGCGCCACCGGCGCUGAGGUGCUGUCGUUUGACGCCCUGGCAGACCUGGGGGCGUCGCGGCGAACGGCGGCGCCGGAGCCGCCGGAGCCCGAGGACAUCUCCACCAUCAUGUACACGAGCGGCACCACGGGCGACCCCAAGGGCGUGCUGCUGACGCACCGCGCCAUUGUGGCGGCAAUCGCGGCGUGCCAGGCGUACCUGCACAACUACGACGAGGAGAUCAAGGAGGGGGACUGCUACUUCUCAUUCCUGCCCCUCGCCCACGUGUUUGACAGGGUGGUCGAAGAAUUCAUGCUCGCAAACUGCGGCUGCGUGGGCUAUUGGCAGGGCGAGAUACCCAAGGUCCUCGCAGACAUAGGCGCCUGCCGCCCCACCCUGUUCUGCGGCGUGCCCCGCGUGUUUGACCGCAUCUACGCCGGCAUCAACGACCAGCUGGCGGCCAACUGGUUCAAGCGCGUGAUGUUCUGGCUGUGCAUGGCGCGGAAGCGGGCGUACAUGGUGGCGGGCUGGAAGCACGACAAGGUGCGGCGCCGCGGCGGCGGAGAGCAAGCAGAAAUGACAGUGUUUGAGGCGGCAGACCAGAACGUUUCUGUCCCCGCCUCCCCGCUGGCAGACCUGCUGGUGUUCAACAACAUCAAGCAGAAGCUGGGCGGCCGCGUGCGCCUCAUUCUCAGCGGCGCCGCCCCCCUGGCGUCGCCAGUGCAGGAGUUCCUGGCAGUCUCCAUGUGCGCGCCGGUGCUGCAGGGCUACGGCCUGACGGAGACAUGCGCGGCGUCCUGCAUCGCGGAGCCCUUCCGCUGGGAGGCCAACGGCACCGUCGGCGGCCCGCUGCCCGGCGUGGAGCUGCGCCUGGAGGCCGUCCCUGAGAUGGGCUACGACCCCACGGCGCACCCGCCGCGCGGGGAGGUGUGCAUCCGCGGCCCCACGCUGUUCAGCGGCUACUACAAGGAGCAGGGGCUCACUGACGAGUGCAUGGACGCCGACGGGUUCUUCCACACCGGCGACAUCGGCGAGAUCGUGGGCCGCGGCACACUGAGGAUCAUAGACAGGAAGAAGAACAUCUUCAAGCUGUCUCAGGGGGAGUACGUGGCGGUGGAAAAGCUGGAGAACGUGUACAAGGGCACGGCGCUCAUAGAGCAGGUCUGGGUGUAUGGCAACAGCUUUGAGUCGACGCUCGUGGCGGUGGUGGUGCCGGACGAGAAGAAGUUUGGGGCCUGGGCCGCCGGGGAGGGGCUGCCGCGUGACCUCAAGGCGCUCUGCAAAGAGCCGCGCGCUGCCGCCCACAUGCUGGGCCUGCUCAAGGCAAAGGGCGCAGCAGAGAAGCUCAAGGGACCUGUGGGUAUGCGCAUGAAGAUCUGCGAGCGUAAAUAG